CUCUUCCUCUCUAUAUAUCUGGUAGUCUGGAUCUGUAACGCGCCCAUUUCUCUCAACACAGACGCCAUGGAAGUUCGCCGAUCUCUCGCAUUACAAGCGUCGAUCUGCGCCACCGUCCUUCUGCUUCUCAGCCACAAUGCUCUUUCCUUCUACCUCCCCGGCGUCGCUCCCCAGGAUUUCCAGAAGGGUGAUCUGUUGAAUGUGAAAGUGAACAAAUUAUCCUCUACGAAGACUCAGCUUCCUUACUCGUACUACUCUCUUCCUUACUGUCGUCCAAAAACCAUAGUUGACAGCAGAGAGAAUCUUGGGGAAGUACUGCGUGGUGAUCGCAUUGAGAAUUCUCCUUUUGUGUUUAAAAUGAGGGAACCACAGAUGUGUAAUGUUGUAUGUCGGCUAGUGCUUGACGCUAAAACUGCAAAGGAGUUCAAAGAGAAGAUUGAAGAUGAGUAUCGGGUGAACAUGAUACUGGAUAACCUUCCUCUGGUGGUUCCUGUACCAAGGCUAGACCAGGAAUCUCCUCCCAUAUAUCAGCUGGGUUAUCAUGUUGGACUCAAAGGACAGUACACUGGUAGCAAGGAUGAUAAGUAUUUCAUACACAACCAUUUGACGUUUACCGUCAAGUAUCACAGAGACAUCCAAACCGAGGCGGCGAGGAUUGUGGGCUUUGAGGUAAAACCAUUCAGUGUUAAACACGAAUAUGAAGGAAAAUGGAAUGGCAAUAAUCGUUUAACCUCAUGCGAUGCAACUGCAAAACGCACCGUUGCUAACUCUAAAGCUCCUCAAGAAGUUGAAGAUAAACAAGAAAUUAUAUUCACGUAUGAUGUUGAAUACCAGGAAAGUGAUGUUAAGUGGGCAUCGAGAUGGGACACUUACCUUCUAAUGAACGAUGACCAAAUCCACUGGUUCUCCAUUGUCAACUCCUUGAUGAUUGUCCUCUUCCUCUCGGGCAUGGUGGCUAUGAUAAUGCUCCGCACUCUCUACCGCGACAUCUCCAAGUAUAACGAACUGGAAACCCAAGAAGAGGCCCAGGAAGAAACCGGAUGGAAACUAGUACACGGCGAUGUUUUCAGGCCCCCAAAUCACUCGGACUUGCUCUGUGUCUAUGCUGGAACUGGCAUUCAGUUCUUCGGAAUGAUGCUCGUUACCAUGAUGUUUGCCAUCCUCGGAUUCCUCUCACCCUCAAACAGAGGUGGCCUCAUGACAGCCAUGCUCUUGCUGUGGGUUUUCAUGGGACUCUUUGCCGGCUACGCCUCCACUCGUCUGUACAAGAUGUUUAAAGGGACAGACUGGAAGAAAAUUGCUCUUAGAACGGCUUUAAUGUUCCCAGCUACUGUCUUCGCCAUUUUCUUCGUCUUGAACGCCAUAAUUUGGGGGCAGAAAUCUUCCGGCGCCGUGCCAUUUGGAACCAUGUUUGCUCUGGUCUUCCUGUGGUUUGGAAUCUCAGUGCCGCUCGUGUUCGUCGGGAGCUACAUCGGUUUCAGAAAGCCGGCGAUCGAGGACCCGGUGAAGACGAACAAGAUCCCGAGGCAGAUCCCAGAACAGGCCUGGUACAUGAGCCCCAUCUUCUCCAUUCUGAUCGGCGGCAUUCUCCCGUUCGGAGCCGUGUUCAUUGAGCUCUUCUUCAUCCUGACCUCCAUCUGGCUGAACCAAUUCUAUUACAUCUUCGGCUUCCUCUUCAUCGUCUUCAUCAUCCUGAUCAUCACCUGCGCCGAAAUCACCAUAGUCCUCUGCUACUUCCAGCUCUGCAGCGAAGACUACCAGUGGUGGUGGAGAUCAUACUUGACCUCCGGCUCCUCCGCCCUCUACCUCUUCCUCUACGCCACCUUCUACUUCUUCACGAAGCUCGACAUCACAAAACCAGUUUCCGGGAUGCUGUAUUUCGGGUACAUGCUGAUCGGUUCUUAUGCCUUCUUCGUGUUAACGGGAACCAUUGGUUUCUACGCCUGUUUCUGGUUCACCAGGCUGAUUUACUCCUCAGUGAAGAUUGAUUGAAGAUGCUGAUGAUGAUGAUGAUGAUCAUACUCUUCUCACCGGCUGAUUCCCCCUCUCUGUUCGGAGAAGCACAGUAAGUAGAGAGUUUGGUAUUAGGGAUAAUUAAAAAGUUUCUCAAGUGCUAUUAUUCUUUCUUUCUUGAACAUCGGGCUGUUGUUUGUUUGUGCACAUUUUUUGAACGGUGAAAGGGGUCCAUAUUGGAUGAUUGUUGUAGUAAGACUUGUCUGUACUUGCCCACCAAAUAUAUACUCCUCGUUGCUCCAUUCUUGCACUA